AGCAGCACUUCUUCCUCUCCCUGCUUCCGCCGUGUGUCGCGCGUCACGAAGCUGAAGAAUCUGUCAGCAGAAACAGCGCGAAAGUUCGCGUCGGCGGAGCAACGAUGCUUUUAAAUAAAAGGCUGUUUCUGGCUUCCUGUGUUUAACGAUAUGUAGACACCGAGGACGCCGCGGUGAAUGUGCGUGUAAGACAUAACGUUACCACGGCGGUGAAUUGUGAAGAUGCUGGAAUUCGGAGCGGUGUUGUGAAAGGCCCAUUAGCAAUGGACAGUCCGUGUCCUGUGAAUCGACGGCAGGCAUGGGCUCAGUGCAGCCGUCACUGGCUCACAGUGGAAGAUACAGAGCUGCAUGCAUCUUCAUCUAGCAACCCACUUACCACUGCAGCUGCACAGCACUCUCUGCAGGAUGAAAUCUUUCCCGAUGGAUGCUCUACAGGAAAGAUUGAAACCUGGCUCCAAAGCUGUGGAAAUGAAGCCAAUCAAGACAAUUCAAGUCAACUCACUCUGGAAUCCUUGCUGAAGACUGCUAACAGUUUUGAGGAUGACCUGAGCCUUGGGGCUGAAGCCACACGACUAGAUGAUGGACUGCACGAUGAAGCGUUUGGGCACUGUCCAUUGCUCAUGCCUCCUCCUAAAUCACGUCGCAAAGAUUUGCACACAAGCACUCCUCAGCAGAGGCUUAAUCUGCCAUUGAGAAACAUGGGCCACAGUAUCACAUCUAGUAUCUUCUCAUCCACCACCAAUAAGACUGCUUCCAGUGUGUCUGAGGUCCUGCAGAUGUGUGCUGAGGAUGCAGAGGAGACUCUGUACCACUUAGGAUUUGGCUGUGAGGAGCCACAAGUAACAGCCCGUAUUCCAGCUCGGUUCUUCACCUUCCCUUCACAGCUCAGAGGCAUCAACUUCCGCCUGUUCCUUGAAUCACAGCUCCGCCGGAUUCGUGAAGAGGACCCCAGCCUCUCACUCGCUAGUCGUUUCCGUCAGGUGGAGGUGUUAACAGCCAUGGCCAAUGCUUUCUAUUCUCUCUACUCCCACGUAUCUCGGACACCGCUUCAGAAGCUGGCACCUCCCGAAUUCAGCUUUUCUUCACCCACUGUGGAGCGGAGCAUUGGUCAGCGCUUCUUUGGCAACGUCCGUACUGAACCACGCUCUCCCGUGGAGCGUCUCAAAGACACUGUGUCCAAGAUGUGCUUAUAUACACGUGGAUCGGACUCUGCCUCUCCAAACUGUUCUCCUCGCAAGAGGAACAGCCUGCCGGACGUGGCUGAAAUCAUAGUGGGGAAUAUGAGGUGCGAAGGGAGCCAUGACCAGAGUAGAGGAAUGUGGGGACAAGCAGAGGACGGCAACAUAACUCAAAAGGUGAAAGACGAAAAGGUUCCACACCAUGCUGAAUUGAAAGCUGAUGAAAAAGUGAGUGAGCAUGAGAACAUUACUAGUGCACACAAGCAGAGAAUCCAGCGGUGGUCACAGUCAGGGCAGAGAGAAGGUCCUAGAGCAAAGGGCUCCCUCUUUAAGUUGGAACAUGCAUCUCUGGAAUCAAGGUAUAAUCAGAUUGUACAGGAUACAGACUUGGAUGAAGGUUCCUGCAAUUCCUCUUUGCUUCCUGACUCCUCAAAAGAUCCUGCUGAUACCAAUGCACCAGCUCCCAUUAUUACUUAUGAUACAAUUUCCCCUCAUGUAGUGGAGCAUGUGCAUAAAGCACCUUAUGGCUGUUCAGAGAUGGAUAAUGCAUCAACAAUGGGCUUAUCAACCCCUGGUCAUUUGCACAGGCCAGACUCAUAUCCUAGGACACUUGAACUAGAACACAAGCCAAUCACGGAUACAAAAUCAUCACCAACACAGAACCAGGAUGAGUUUAGUGUGGAAAUACCAGUGACACCAAAGAUUUCACAAGGUGAUCCUGUGUCUCUCUGCCCAAGCAUCACACAAGGGUCACAGUGUAAGAUCAUGGUUACUGGAUGGGAUGAUAACCCUGUUCUCCACAGACACUCGUUUGAUGACUGUACUUAUUUCAUGUACCCUGGUAGCACUGCACAGGUGCAUUCAUGCCAGCCAGACCAACAGAGGUACUUGAGCCCCAGCAACCCCUCAACUAGCCAGAUUAACAGCCAACUCAAGCAGGCCAACUCCUUUGAGUUGGAGGAGGUGCAGAGUGUGGGAGAGGAGGAAAACACAUCACUGGAACAAAGCAGUGCAUACAGACUGUCGGUUACAGCAUCUACACAUCAGAAAUGUUCAAGCUUGAGAGGAGACAGUUUCCAGUCAGACAGCAGUGGCUAUGUUGAAGAGGACAUGCAGAAUUUACUCAGCUCCACUAAUAUCGAGAUUAGCUAAAGACCAAAACCCACACUUCAUGCAUCUUUAAUUCUCUAUUUUAUGGCUUUGCUUCUUUUAGAAAAUACAGAGUAACUUUCUCACACAAAGUCAUAAAAAUAUAUUUGGCUUGCUUUUGAGAAGUUGAAAAAGCAUUACAACUGCAACGGAAAGGAUAGAUAAAAUUUUUUAUUUCUACUUGUGCGUGUAGGCUAAUUUUGAUCACUUGUCUGUAAUAAAAUCACUUCAUUGUGCGAUAAACAUUGCUCAACAUUUGGCCAUUUGAAAAUAUUGCAGUUAAGCAGUAUUGACAUUACAUUAACUAUUUGUUCAUGUUUUGUUCUGUAAGAACAAAGUUUUGAAUAUUUAUGUUUUGUGAUAAUAAAGUAUUUAUUUGCACAUCAA